CAUCAAUCUCUCUCUUAAAACAUCUUCCCUAUUAAUCAAUUAGAAGAAAAAGAAACCCUAUCAAAAUGAAGGGAGCUAGGGUGGUGGCAAUCCUCCUCCUCCUUGCCUUGGCUUUCGCCGAGGCGGCGACACCGAUCCCUGAAUAUGAAAACCCUGGUGUUAUCACUGACGUUCCCAAGAAUCCUAAGGAGCCUAAGGGACCCAAGGAGCCUAAGGCACCCAAAGAAUCUAAGGCACCCAAGGAGCCUAAGGCACCCAAAGAACCUAAGGCACCCAAGGAGCCUAAGGCACCCAAAGAACCUAAGGCACCCAAGGAGCCUAAGGUACCAAAGGAGCCCAAAGGGCCUACGGUGUACACACCACCUCCUCCACCCACAACCACCCCAUCGCCUCCGACGACCACCCCAUCGCCACCUACGACCACUCCAACUCCACCUGCAUCAUCAUCUAGUGCUAAGCAAGUAAGGUGUAUGGACAGGUACUAUCCUGGUUGCUAUUACAGGCAGUUUACUUGUCCGGCUGCAUGUCCUGAGAGUUGUCAAGUUGACUGUAACACUUGCGGUCCAGUUUGUGACUGCAACAAGCCAGGUGCAGUGUGUCAAGAUCCAAGAUUCGUUGGAGCAGAUGGCAUAGCAUAUUACUUCCAUGGCAAGAAAGACCAAGAUUUUUGUCUAGUCUCCGACUCCAACCUCCACAUCAACGCUCAUUUCAUUGGAAAGCGCAAUGCAAACAUGGGAAGAGACUUUACCUGGAUCCAAACCCUAGGCAUACUCUUUGAUGACCAUAAGCUCUACAUUGGUGCCCAAAAGACCACCACAUGGAACGACGCCAUGGACCGCCUUUCUCUAUCCUUUGACGGCCAACCCAUCGACCUCCUCGAAAUCGACGGAGCUAGUUGGACGUCCCCAAGUGGCUCAGUAACCAUCACUAGGUCUAGGGCUACAAACGCGGUCGAGGUUAAGGCCGAAGGUAACUUCAAGAUAAAGGCAGUAGUAGUCCCAAUUACACAAAAAGAUUCAUUGAUCCACAAGUAUGGUGUAACUCAAGAAGAUUGUUUAGCUCACCUUGACUUGAGCUUCAAGUUUUACUCAUUAAGUGGAGAUGUUAAUGGAGUUUUAGGGCAAACUUAUGCUGGUAAUUAUGUGAGUAAGGUUAAGAUGGGAAUAGCAAUGCCUGUUUUGGGUGGGGAAAGGGAAUUCCAUUCCUCAGGUAUCUUUUCCACUGAUUGUGUUGCUGCUAGAUUCAGUGGGAAAGGGAAUGGGAAUGAUGAGCAGGGAAUCAACUUUGCUGAUCUUAAUUGUGCUUCUGGUAUCAAUGGUCGUGGAGUUGUCUGCAGGCGUUGAUAAUUUCUCAACGAACUAUGGAAUAAGUAAUACUAUAAUACAUAUUGUAUUGAACUUACUUUGAUUAAAUCAUUAUAUACUCUUACAGAGUUAGGAGUAUAAUUAAAUAAUAAUACAAUGUAGAAUUCCUAUACUUGUUUAAGUGUACUAUAUUGUUUUUACAAAUUAU